AGGUUUCUGCUGUACUGCUGUGGGUUUUCUCUCCUCUAUCAAAGAUUUUUUGGUCUGACCUGCUGUGGCGCGAAUUUUAACCUGUCCGGAUAAAAUAAUCCUGGAUUCGCUGUUUUGUGUGAACAGUGAAGAAAACAAAGCAGGUCAUGGGAACCCUGGAGCAAAAACUUGAAGAGGAAAUAAAACUCCUGCAGCGAGAGAUAAAAGCCUAUGAAGCUGAGCAAGAAGCCUGUGUGCGAGCUAUUUCACUUCAAAAUGGAGAGGCCCUGCAGGGUCUUGUGCGAAAUCUCAGCAACAAAGUGGAAAAAGGAAACGUGAUGCUGAAAAAAGAUGUUUCAAAGCUCAUAACAGAAAUCAGCAAUUUGGAGAAGGACCUUAGAAGGCAGACAGAAAUCAGUGGAAUAUCCCUCUCAGAGUGUUUUGUGAAGACAGUGACGAAAACUGAAAGGAAAAACGUACAACAAUACAGACUUACUGGCCACUGCUGCUUUCUUUCCUUCCAAGCUGAGUUUGCUUUGACUGAGAUCCAGGAUGGAGAGACCUUCCUUAAGAAAAUCAGUGACCUCAACAUUAUUGUGGAUGGUGCAGAGCUUAAAGACUUAUGUGCAUUUUUGUCAAGAGUGGAGGAAACAAAAGGCCUUUUCCUGUUCUUCAGAACCCUGGGGUCAUUUUCGGAGAGGUGUAAACAAAGGAAUCGCACGUUCCAGUACUUCAAGGAGAAAUAUCCAGAUGUGGUUCACCUUCCCGAGGGGUGCAGGUCAGAGGUCAUGAUGAUCCACAGUCCUAAACUUCCUGGGUGCACAAUGAGUAUUUUCUGGAACAUCAGUGUGAAUAAAGGAGGGACUGUCCAACCAAAAAUUGAGCUUCUGAUGAAAGUGCCUGAACAAGCUCAAAAGUUGGACACCAACAAUGUGAUGGCGACUGCACCUGAAGCCUUUCGAAGUCUCCUGCUGAUUUUUGGAGUGGAAACCUCGAUCGAAAGUUUAAUUAAAGCUGUAUGUUUCUAAAUAGCAACCAUGCAACCAGACUGGUCUGAACAGAACAUCCAAAAACACGGAUUUAGCUGAUAAAUUCAUUAUAAUUUUAUUCAGUAUAAACACCACCUGUAUAAGC